CGGGCGGCUGCAACAGAGUGGGUGACAUCCUCAGCAAACACCUGAAGGAAGAGCGGGAAUAAGAAGGGAGCACUAAAUGAACCACAUACGGUUCAUUUAAAAGGUUCAACGUCCAGUUCUGCGCACACAGCCAACGGAUUUUGAGCGGAAGAAAAAGUUCAGAUCCCACGGAUCAGUGCGUGGGAGUAGGGAGCAAGAUCGAGUUCCACUGCGUGUCUCGUCAUGGCAGGACCCGGAGGUGACAUGCAGUGGUGCUUCUCUCAGGUGAAGGGAGCCAUUGACGACGACGUAGCUGAAGCGGACAUUAUAUCGACGGUUGAGUUCAACCACACAGGAGAGCUGCUCGCCACUGGAGACAAGGGUGGGCGUGUCGUCAUCUUCCAGCAGGAAGUAGAAAACAAGAAUCUGCCCCAGUUCAGGAGCGAGUACAACGUUUACAGCACCUUCCAGAGCCACGAACCUGAGUUCGACUACUUAAAGAGUUUAGAAAUAGAAGAGAAAAUCAACAAGAUCCGCUGGCUUCCUCAGAAGAAUGCGGCUCAGUUCCUGUUGUCCACCAACGAUAAAACAAUUAAGUUGUGGAAAAUAAGUGAGCGAGACAAGAGACCAGAGGGCUACAAUCUCAAAGAGGAGGAUGGCCGAUACAGAGACCGUAACACUAUCACGGCACUACGGGUGCCAGUUUUAAUACCCAUGGACCUCAUGGUGGAAGCCAGUCCUCGGAGGGUGUUUGCCAACGCUCACACCUACCACAUCAACUCGGUCUCUGUCAACAGCGACAACGAGACCUACCUGUCCGCGGACGAUCUCCGCGUCAACCUCUGGAACCUGGAGAUCACCGACCGCAGCUUCAAUAUUGUUGACAUUAAACCAGCCAACAUGGAGGAGCUGACCGAGGUGAUUACAGCAGCAGAGUUUCAUCCUCACCAGUGCAACACCUUCGUCUACAGCAGCAGCAAAGGAACAAUCCGUCUGUGUGACAUGAGAGUUUCAGCUCUUUGUGACAAGCACUCCAAGUUGUUCGAGGAACCUGAAAACCCCAGCAACCGCUCCUUCUUCUCAGAGAUCAUAUCAUCCAUCUCGGACGUCAAGUUCAGCCACAACGGACGCUACAUGAUGACCAGAGACUACUUAUCUGUGAAGAUUUGGGACCUGAACAUGGAAAACCGGCCGGUGGAGACGUACCAGGUUCACGAGUACCUGAGGAGCAAGCUGUGCUCGCUGUACGAGAACGACUGCAUCUUUGACAAGUUCGAGUGCUGCUGGAAUGGAAACGACAGCGUGGUGAUGACCGGUUCCUAUAACAACUUCUUCCGGAUGUUCGACCGCGGCCAGCGGCGGGACGCCACGUUGGAAGCGUCCCGGGAAAACAGCAAACCUCUACAGGUCCUCAAGCCUCGUAAAGUCUGCACCGGAGGCAAGCGCAAGAAGGAUGAGAUCAGCGUGGACAGUUUGGACUUCAACAAGAAAAUCCUUCACACUGCCUGGCAUCCGCAGGACAACAUCAUCGCCGUAGCAACUAUAAACAACCUCUACAUAUUCCAGGAUAAAGUGAACUAACAGGAUAAAUGAACCUGCUGCCGCCUGCACGUUCAUUUACAAGGAUCUCCGGUAAUGCUGAUGACCAGCAUCCCUCUCUGACUAUUCUGACACUUUGUUCUGGAUCUGGACGGGUUCCUCUGUUCUCCGUCAUCCAUCUGUCUGCAGCAGAAACCUCUGCCUUGUGGUUGAAGUCAUGUGCCAAUAAUUUUCCUUUCAUCCCGUUGUGUUGCCUGCUGAUCUGCCCUUUAUUUUCAAACAUGGGUAAGCCUGUAAUUUCUUUAAAACUUUGACUAAAACUUAUUUUUAUAAACUGUCCCUCUAAAUGGUUCCAUGGUAGAAUAAAAACGGUUCAGUAUGUCUUA